GAGUCAAGUUAACUAACAGUUUAAGUUAUUCGGUUGAAUAGAUAGAUAUACGAUGGCUAAAAGAAGAACCAAGACCAGGACCCAUAAGAAAGUUUCCGAAGAGGAGCUUGCUAAAAUACCCAGAUCAAUGGUUAUUAGGCUAGGAUCAUCUAUAAGAAAUCAUUCGUUAACACAAUUAGUGAAAGAUUUUAGAAAUGUUAUGCAACCACAUACUGCAGUGAAUUUAAGGGAACGUAAGACCAAUAAGCUUAAGGAUUUCAUUGUUAUGGCUGGGCCCUUGGGAGUUUCAGAUUUAUUUAUCUUCAAUCAAUCUGAGGAAACUGGGAAUAUUUCAUUAAGAAUAGGUAAGAUGCCUAGAGGACCAACAUUACAAUUCAAGAUCAAUACAUAUUCAUUGAUGAAAGAUGUAAGACUGAUUUUGAAACAUCCAAAGUCCGUUGGAAGAGAUUCAAUUGAGAUGCGUAAUCCUCCGUUAUUAGUUUUGAAUGGAUUUCUGUCCAAAAUGAAUGAACUCGAGCAUCAUGAAAAAUUAAUGAUUACUGUUUUCCAAAAUAUGUUCCCUCCAAUUCAACCACAAAGCACUAACGUUGGAGGGAUUAAAAGAGUAUUGAUGUUAAACAAAGAUCCUGUCACUGGGAAUAUAGAAUUAAGGCAUUAUGCCAUCAACACUAAAUUAGUGGAAGAAACUAGGAAUAUAAAAAAAUUGAUUAAUUCCCAUCACAAUCCAAAGAAAAAUAUACCAAAUUUAUCCAAGAAUAAAGAUAUUUCCGAAUUGGUAUUAGAUCCAUACUCUGUUGGGGGUGUUACUUCUGAUAGUGAAGUUGAAGAUGAUGCAAUUGUUGAAAUUAAAAAUGAAGAGAAUAAUAUUUUGAAAAAGAAAAAUGCUACAGCACCAACUGAAGAUGAUCCAAUGGGUGAACAAGCUGAAGAAGAAACUAAUACUGCACCAAGUACUAAGAAAAGGGCUAUUAAAUUAACUGAGUUAGGUCCUCGUAUAAAUAUGACUUUAGUUAAAAUUGAAGAAGGAUUACUUGGAUCAUCUAAAACUAUAUACCAUGCUAAUAUUGAAAAAUCAGAUAAAGAUAUUAAAGCUUUGGAAAAAAGACAUCAAGAAUUGCAAAAGAUCAAAUCCGAAAGAAGAACUAAACAACAAGAAAAUGUUAAAGCCAAGCUCGCUAAAAAGGAAGCUAAAAAGGCUAGAAGAGAAGCUAGAAAGAACGGUGAAGUGGUUGAAGAUGAUAAAGAUGACGAAUCUUCUAGCGAAAGUGAUGACGAUAAACCUGAAAUUAAGCCUGAGGAUUAUGAAAAUGAUAGCGAUUUAUAUAGUGAUGUUGAAAACUAAUUCUUUGUAUAAUAAAAUAUUUGCAUUUUGAUGAUUUUUUUUUCUUUUGUAGCAGUAUUAAUCAGGUUUCUUUGAAUGAAUCAAUUUCUUCGACUAUUCGAUUAAUUUUAUUUUUUAAAUUUACUAGGCGAAUAGAGU